UUCUUACAAUACAUACAUCUGUUUUCCGAUUUACAAAUCGUUAUUUGUCUUGUUUUAAAAUACCCUCAGUGUUGGAUAGUUUGAUUUAAGGGUUACAUUUAAUCUGGUAACAUGGCGUUACGUGCCCAGUUUGAAAACAAUAAUGAAAUAGGUUGUUUUGCGAAGUUAACAAAUGCGUACUGCUUGGUAGGAAUCGGAGGCUCAGAGGAUUUCUACAGGUAACAGUGAAUUAAUUCCAUGCAUCUACUUCUCAUUUGGAUGCUUUACUCAUCAAAUCAUAUCUUUUUGUAGCACUUUUGAAGGAGAGCUGGCAGAAACAAUUCCUGUUGUCCAUGUAUCGCUUGCCAAUUGCAGAAUAAUAGGAAGAAUGUGUGUUGGGAACAAACACGGUCUCCUUGUUCCUAACACAACACUAGACACUGAACUACAGCAUAUUCGUAAUGCAUUACCAGAUACUGUUAAGGUACAGAGGGUUGAAGAGAGGUUAUCAGCAUUAGGGAAUAUUGUUUCUUGCAAUGACUAUGUUGCUAUUGUGCAUCCUGAUCUGGACAGAGAAUCUGAAGAGAUCAUUGCAGAUACACUGAAAGUAGAAGUAUUCAGGCAAACCAUAGCAAGUAAAGUAUUAGUAGGUUCUUACUGUGUGCUUAGCAAUCAAGGUGGUUUAGUGCAUCCACAAACCAGUAUUGUGGAUCAAGAAGAGCUGUCAUCUUUACUCCAGGUUCCACUAGUUGCUGGCACAGUGAAUAGAGGCAGUGAAGUAAUAGGAGCUGGUUUAGUUGUGAAUGAUUGGUGUGCAUUUGCUGGUCUAGACACUACGUCCACAGAACUGACAGUGAUUGAAUCAAUAUUCAGGCUGAAUGACUCUGCACCUUCCAAAAUUACAUCUGACAUGAGGGCAAGUCUCAUUGAAAGCAUGUCGUAAAAUCUCCGAAAAAGAAUCCAGUGAAAGUACAUACAUGCAAAAGAAAGAAAAGUAAUUGUUUAAGUGUAAUUUUAAUGAAAAGUUACAUUUAACUCGCUAUUUUCAAUGUACAAAAGUUGCUCUUUAUAAUUAUGUUUUAUAUGAAUAAAAAGAUCAUUGCUACCUAAAUC